UUUAGGUAGAAACAUCGCUGCUUGUCAGACGAAUUCCACUCCGUUGCAGCAUUGUUGCAAACAUGGGAAAGAUAUAUGAGCGUCGUCCGGAAGAGCCAACGCCAAAUGCAUCUAUGGGAGAAGUUAUAUUGAACAAAUUGCGCGAGAACAACAAUCGUGUUUAUGCAAUUGAUGGACCAACCGGCAAUCAGAUGACAUAUAGAGAACUACUCCAGAAAAGCGUGAAGUUUGCGAAAUUUUUACAAGAAUUCGGGAUAAAAAUCGGGGAUAGAAUUGGCAUCGCAGCUGAAAAUCGAUUAAAUUGGUUUAUACCAGUUUACGCGAGUUGUUAUCUCGGUGCUAUAGUUGCACCGUAUAAUUCUAUGUAUACAGAUU